AUGUGGGCUUCGCAUCUCGACCAGGACCGCCUACAGCGUGUGGGCACCCAACAGCAAAACCAAUGGCACCGUGGCGAUCCUCACCCCGACGCCGGACGCCUCCACACAGUCUACAACAACGAAGACGAUGAAGGCAACGACGCUGAACGAUCUGGCACUUGGGGCGAGCGCGAUGUGGGCGAGUUCAACACGCGGGAGGCUGCUGAGCAGCUCGAGGCUCUUAGGAAGACCCUCACUGGCAUGAGCAGGACCCGUACAAAGGACACCCAGCCUUCGCUGCGAAGGACCGGUAGCAGGCGGAGUACUCUCACGCGGCAAGCGACUCGGCAGUCUAAUCAGGAGCGGCCGACUACCGCCAGAACGGCUUCGGUUGCGGAGAGCCAUCCUACUGAAGAGGUCGAGCGAUCUGAUUGGGACGUUGAGGCUGGCGAGAAGAAGGAGGAAGAGGAUGACGAGGACGAGCUCCAGCUUGGCGAGUUCUUGAAGGAAGGCCAUUUUGAGAAGCGGGAGGAAGGGAAGUCUACGAAGAAAGUGGGCGUGAUAUUCAAGGAUCUGACGGUCAAGGGCGUUGGAUCUACGGCGUCUUUCGUGAGGACACUGCCGGAUGCUAUUCUUGGCACCUUUGGACCGGAUCUCUAUCGUAUCCUUUCAGGCUUUAUACCCGGGCUGGCAAGGAAGAACGGCGAGCUGAGAACGAUUAUCAAUGGUUUUACCGGAUGUGUCCGUGACGGAGAGAUGAUGUUGGUCCUCGGUCGUCCCGGCGCCGGAUGCUCCUCGCUACUCAAGGUUUUGGCAAACGACCGCGCAGCGUAUGCUGAGGUCUCUGGUGACGUCUCGUAUGGUGGCAUCCCGGCGGAUAAGCAGAAGAAGCUUUAUCGCGGCGAGGUCAACUACAACAUGGAGGACGAUGUUCACUUCGCCUCCCUCAACGUCUGGCAGACUUUUACCUUUGCCCUAAUGACGAAGACCAAGAAGAAGGCGAGAGAGGAGAUCGAUAUCAUCGCAAAUACGCUCCUUAAGAUGUUUGGAAUUGGUCACACGAAGUACACUCUCGUGGGCGACGAGUAUACUAGAGGUGUCUCAGGUGGCGAACGCAAGCGAGUCAGUAUUGCGGAGACGUUGGCCAGCAAGGCAACUGUCAUUGCCUGGGACAAUUCGACUCGCGGUCUCGAUGCGUCUACAGCUCUCGACUACGCCCGCUCGCUGCGAAUCAUGACCGACAUCAGCAAUCGUACGACCUUGACGACUCUCUACCAGGCAGGCGAAGGCAUCUACGAGCUCAUGGACAAAGUGCUGGUUAUCGACGACGGCCGCCAGAUCUUCAUGGGUCCAGCCAAGGAAGCAAGACAGUACUUUAUUGAUCUCGGAUUCGAAGCUCCAGAGCGCCAGACUACAGCAGACUUCCUGACUGCCGUGACCGACAGAGUUGAGCGAAAGUUCCGUCCGGGUUGUGAGAACAGCACCCCAAAGACACCUGAAGAGCUUGAGAAGGCCUUCCGAUCGUCGCCCAACUACCAGAAAGUUCUCGAGGACAUCAAUGGUUACGAAAACCACCUCAAGGAAACGAACUACGAGGACGCCAAGCAGUUCGAGAACGCGGUGCAGGAGGGCAAAUCCAAGCACGUCUCGAAGAAGAGCCCUUACACCGUGUCUUUCCCGCAACAGGUGAUGGCUUGCACCAAGCGCGAGUUCUGGUUGCUCCUUGGCGAUACUACCACCCUUUGGACCAAGCUCUUCAUCAUCAUCUCCAACGGUCUCAUCGUCGGCUCUCUGUUCUACGGCGAACCUAUGAACACGGCCGGUGCAUUUACUCGUGGCGGCGCGCUCUUCUUCAGUAUUCUCUUCCUGGGUUGGCUGCAGUUGACUGAGCUUAUGAAGGCUGUCAGUGGCAGAGCUGUGGUUGCUAGGCAUCGAGACUACGCCUUCUACCGUCCAUCCGCUGUGGUCAUUGCGCGGGUCAUUACAGACCUGCCGGUGAUCUUUGUCCAGACCAUCCUCUUCGGAGUACUGAUGUACUUCAUGACGAAUCUCGACAUUACCGCCAGCAAGUUCUUCAUCUACAUGUUGUUCGUCUACGUAACGACGAUCUUGCUGACUGCACUCUACCGGAUGUUUGCCUCUUUGUCACCCGAGAUUGACACCGCAGUGCGCUUCUCCGGGAUCGCACUGAAUCUGCUGGUCAUCUACACCGGCUACGUGAUCCCCAAAACUCAGCUGCUCUCGGAGUACAUCUGGUUCGGCUGGAUCUACUACAUCAACCCGGUUGGCUAUGCUUUCGAAGCCGUCUUGACGAACGAGUUUGCUGGACGCACCAUGCAGUGCGCUCCGGAACAGCUCGUGCCGCAAGGUCCUGGUGCCCAGCCUGGAUACCAGGGCUGCGCCAUUGCAGGAGCCGAUGUUGGUGCCACAUCUGUGACUGGGUCUAACUACCUCAGCACCCAGUACAAUUACAGCCGCUCACACCUAUGGCGGAACUUCGGCGUCGUCUUGGCCUUCAUUGUACUUUACAUUCUUGUGACAAUGGUUGCAACCGAGACGAUGUCGUUCUCCGGCGGAGGGGGCGGAGCGCUCAUCUUCAAGAAGACUCGGAAAGCCAAGCAACAGGUCAAGGAGCCUUCUCCCGCGGCUGAUGAGGAGAAAGCCAUCGCCAGCGGUUCCGAAAGCAGCAGCUCGGGCAAUGCGAAGAAGGAGGAUGGUCUUGGUGACUCGCCGGCUGAGGAUGGCGCAGAAGAGGAAGCUCUGGAGCAGAUCACCAAAUCCGACUCCAUCUUCACGUGGCGGGACGUCAACUACACUGUUCCUUACCUUGGUGGUGAGAGGCAGUUGCUGAACAAUGUCAAUGGAUACGCCAAGCCAGGCAAGAUGGUUGCCCUCAUGGGAGCGUCGGGCGCUGGCAAGACUACCCUCCUCAACACCCUCUCUCAGCGCCAAAGCAUGGGCGUCGUGUCCGGCGAGAUGUUCGUCGACGGUCGACCUCUUGGUCCUGCGUUCCAGCGUAACACUGGCUUCUGCUUGCAAGGAGAUCUUCACGAUGGCACGGCCACUAUCCGCGAAGCUCUGGAGUUCUCAGCAAUCCUGCGACAGGACGCGAGCGUGCCUCGCUCCGAGAAGCUGGCCUAUGUGGACAAGAUUGUCGACCUCCUCGAACUCAACAGUAUGCAAGACGCUCUCAUCAUGUCCCUCGGCGUCGAGCAGCGCAAGCGCGUCACCAUCGGCGUCGAACUCGCGGCCAAGCCCUCUCUCCUCCUCUUCUUGGACGAGCCAACAUCCGGCCUGGACAGCCAAUCCGCCUACUCAAUCGUCCGCUUCCUCAAGAAGCUCGCCCACGCCGGCCAAGCCAUCGUCUGCACCAUCCACCAGCCCUCCAGCGUCCUCAUCCAGCAAUUCGACCUCAUUCUCGCCCUCAACCCCGGCGGUAACUGCUUCUACUUCGGCCCUGUCGGCGAGAACGGACAAGCUGUCAUCGACUACUUCGCUGCUCGCGGCACGCAGUGUCCACCGAACAAGAACGUCGCUGAGUUUAUCCUCGAAACUGCUGCGCGCCCCGGUAAGCGGGAAGAUGGUAGUCGUAUCAACUGGAACGACGAGUGGAAGAACUCGCAAGAGGCGCAGGAUGUUGUUGAGGAGAUUGAGGGUCUGAAGCUCACGAGGAGCAAAACGCAGACGGAAGAGCAGAAGCAGGAGCAGGAGAGGCAGUUUGCGGCGAGCACGUGGCUGCAGACGAUGGAGCUGACGAAGAGGACUUUUAAGCAGUACUGGCGGGACCCGAGCUAUCUCUAUGGGAAGCUGUUUGUUGCUGUUAUUGUCGGCAUCUUCAACGGCUUCACCUUCUGGCAACUCGGCUACAGUAUCCAGGACAUGCAAAAUCGUAUGUUCACGAGCUUCAUCAUCCUCACGAUUCCGCCGACUGUGGUCAACGCCGUCCUCCCGAAGUUCUUCACCAACAUGGCUCUGUGGCAAGCACGCGAACACCCCUCUCGGAUCUACAACUGGUUCGCCUUCACGACCGCUCAAGUGGUCGCCGAGAUCCCGCCAGCGAUCGUCUCGGCGGUACUGUACUUCGUGCUCUGGUACUUUGCGACUGGACUUCCGACAGAGAGCUCGGUUUCUGGCUACGUCUUCCUGAUGACGAUGCUGUUCUUCCUCUUCCAGGCAUCUUGGGGCCAAUGGAUCUGCGCUUUCGCUCCGACGUUCACGGUUAUUUCGAACGUGCUGCCGUUCUUCUUUGUCAUGUUCUCACUGUUUAACGGAGUUGUGCGUCCUUACAAUCAACUCCCGGUAUUCUGGAGAUACUGGAUGUACUGGGUCAACCCCUCGACGUGGUGGAUCGGCGGCGUGCUCGCUGCAACACUUGACGGCAUCCCCGUGCAGUGCGACCCCUCCGAGACCGCCCACUUCAACCCACCUCCCGGCCAGACGUGCCAGCAGUACGCAGGCGACUUCGCACGAUCGGCCGGCGGCUACCUGCUCGAACCGCAAGCCAGCAGCGAUUGCCAGUACUGCCAGUACAGCGUCGGCAACCAGUACCUCGAGACGCUGAACAUUGACGCGAGCCAGAAGUGGCGGGAUUUCGGGAUCUUCUUGGUCUUUGUGUUUAGUAAUUGGUUCUUGGUGUACUUCUUCAUCUACACCGUCCGCAUCAAAGGAUGGAGCUUCGGUUUCGGGUAUCUGUUUGGGGCGCUUGGGAAGGUGGUGGAUGCGGUUAAGAAGCCGUUCAAGGGGAAGGGCAAGAAGGGUGAGGGUGAAGAAGCAUAG